UAUUUGCUUCUGUUGAUCAUAUAUUUCAUAUUGGAAUACGUUAAUACUUAUCUUUAUCAAUCACGAAACCAAAUCUCAUCAAGGUCGUUUCUUAUCUAUGGGAAUAGAGGAAAUUUUGAAUUCUGGUGUUGUCAAUUACUUACCAUUCUUGAAUUCAUCAUCAAUUUAAAGAAAGUCAAAAUAGGAUUGAUAUUAUCAUGGUGGGUGAUACUUCCCGUUAAGGUGAUUGGAAUGAUGAUGAUUAUUAGUGGAUUAUUCAUACGAUCUUUAUCUAUGAAGACUUGUGGUGAAUCAUUCUCUCAUCUUAUAAACACUGAUAGUACAAACACUAAUAAUCAAAAGUUAAUCACUCAUGGGAUUUAUGGAUACUUUCGUCAUCCCAGUUAUUUUGGAUUUUGGUGUUUAUCAAUUGGAAUACAAUUAUGGUUAAUAAAUCCAAUAAAUCUCCUUCUAUCAUUAUUCAUCCUACAAUAUUUCUUUACAAUUCGUAUACAAGUUGAAGAAUAUUUCUUAAUUCAUAAUAUUUUUGGGAUGGAUUAUAUAAAUUAUAAAAAUAAAGUUAAACUUUGGAUUCCAUUUGUU